CGGCGCUUGUAACGUUAGCUCAUGUUUUGGCGUAUUUGUAACGUCUUUAAACAUCUUUACGGGUAAAAUAUGGAGUUGACAGCUGCACGCCGCUCGUUUCUUUGCGAUACUGGUUUGUCUGUUUGUUAAAGGUUUCUGGCAAGAUCGGACCGCCCUGCAUGAAGCAGCGUCUCAUGGCAGAGCUCUACAGCUCAGACAGCUGAUAGAAAGUGGAACAUCGGUCAACAUGGUGACAGUGGACAACAUCACUCCUCUCCAUGAAGCCUGCAUACAGUCUCAUCCUAACUGUGCCCGGCUGCUGCUGGAAGCUGGAGCUCAGGUGGAUGUACGGACCAUCCACGGCAGCACUCCCCUCUGUAACGCCUGCUCCUCUGGCAGCCUGGAGUGUGUCAAGAUGCUGUUGCAGUAUGGAGCCAAAGUGAACCCGUCCCUCACAGCUCUCACUGCCUCACCGCUCCACGAGGCCUGUAUACAGGGUAAUGUGGAAGUCGUGAGGUUGAUGAUAGCCAGCGGUGCCAAGCUGGAGGCGUACGACGUCUAUUUCGGUCCACCCCUUCACAUCGCGUGCGCUAAAGGACGCUUGGACUGCGUCAGGGAGCUGCUAAAUGCAGGUGCCAAUGUGAAUUCAGUAAAGUUCCAUGAGACAGCUUUGCACCAUGCAGCACGAGUCAACAUGUUGGACAUGAUCAAGCUGCUGAUGGAGUAUGGAGCCAACGUGUACGCUAGCGACAACCAUGGAAGAAAGCCUGUAGAAUACACCACGCCUUCAUCUCCCUCUUACGUCUGCUUCAGGUUUUAUGAAAGUAAUCCUCUGAGCCUGCAGCAGCUUUGUAGGAUCACUGUGAGGAGGAUGCUGGGUACCAGAGCCUCAGAGGUCAUAGGUCAGCUGGACAUAUCCCACCGCAUCCACAACUACCUUCAGUACUGUGAUCAUCCCACAUCACUGCAGACUGUCACAUGAAUGGAUUUUCUACAACCUGCAUGAGAGAGACUGGUCUGCUUUAAAUUUUAAAUAUAUUAAAGUCCCCCUCCACUCAAAAAUAUGUUUUUCUUCUUGUUCCUACAGUUGGAUGUUUGACCUUCAAUGUGCAGAAUGAUGUAUGUGCAGAGUUUGUUUUCACAUUCAUCUGUUAAAGUUAUCCACCAUAUUCCUUUGUUGUAUGUCAUGUGACUCAGGAUUGAUAUCUUAAUUGUUGCUUAAAUUAUGUCAGUUGUAUUUGUCCUUGUAUUGUAAGACAUAAUGGAGCCUUAUUUGUCCUGAAUAAACA